CCCAGGUCCAGCCAACCUGCCCGGGCCUGGCUUCUGUCCUGCGCGCGCAAACCCGGAAGCGGAUCGCGUGGAGUUAAGGUCCUACCACGGCGCGUGAGUUUCGCUCUGCCUUGGAUUAAGUCUGCACUUCCCACGUCCCCGGCGCUUCUGCCCCUGGGAUGUGGGAUCCCCACGGACCUGGAAAUUCUCGCCUGUCUUCCUUCACCCAGAGCAAAUUGAGACGUCCCGGCCUCGCACCUGAGCUCUACAAUCAUGUGUCCACUUGUCUCCUCAGCUGUCUCCUGGGUCAUCAAACAGGCAUCCCCACCUUCAGGUGUCCAUAAGUGACUUCCUAAAUCCCCAAACACAUUCCCUUGCAGUCUGCACAUCUCAGAUGAGGGUGACUAUGUACUUCCGGAAACAGCCAAACUUGACAGCAUGUAUUUUAAAUUUGGGAAAUAAAUUACUUUAUUAGUAAGUGUUGUAAUUUAUAAUAUAAAGAGAAACUUAGAUGUAUACAUGAAAAGAGUGAGAAGAUACAUCACUUCCAAUUUUUGUUUGUUUGUUUUUUUGAGAGGAAUUUUCACUCUUAUGGCUGAGGCUGGAGUGCAAUGCCAUAAUAUCAGCUCACUGCAACCUCUGACUCCUGGGAUCAAGGGAUUCUCCUUCCUCAGACUCCCGAGUAGCUGGGAUCACAGUCGACUUUCAAAAUUCUUUAAGGUUGUGGGAGAAAAAUGUUUGAAGACCAUGUCCCUAUGGGUCUGUGCCCCCAGGACCUCUCUGACCUCAUCUCCUACCUGUGCCCUCCUCUCUUCCACUGUUCCAGCCCCAUGGGUCGCUUUCCUCUUCCUGGGGCUGAGGUUGCUCCUGUCUCAGGGCCCUCACUUGAGCUGUCCCUCUCUCUAGGAUGCUCUUCCCCUCGGCUGCAAGUGACAAGCAGCCUUUCUUUCCUAGGUCCUUCUUCUGAUAUCAUCUUCUCCGGGUUUCCUUUGUGAUCUCCCACAGCCCUCAUUCGACACUGCGGCUGUGAAACCAGAAAAUCUUACAGAGAUCUCAGUUAAUUUAGAAAGUUUAUUUUGCCCAAGGUGGUUGGGGCAGAGUUUAAUUUUAUACAUUUUAUGGAGACAUGAGACAUCAAUCAAUAUAUGUAAGAAGUACAUUGGUUUGGUCUGGGAAGGUGGGAGAACUUUAAACAAAGGCAGGAAGACUUGAAGCACGGAGUGGGCUUCCAGGUCACAGAGAAAUGUGGCACAAACGGUUGCAAUCUUUUGAGUUUCCUUUUUUUUUGAGAUGAAGUCUCCUUUUGUCACCCAGGCUGGAGUGCAGUGGCACAGUCUUGGCUCACCGCAACCUCUGCCUCCUGGGUUCAAGUGAUUCUCCUGCCUGAGCUUCCCAAGUAGAUGCCCGGAUCAGUUUUGUAUUUUUAGUAGAGAUGUGGUUUCACCAUGUUGGCUGGCUGGUGUCCACCUCUUGACCCCAAGUGAUCUGCCUGUGUAAUCCCACAGUGCUGGGAUUACAGUCCUGAGCCACUGUGCUGGGUCCUUCUUUUGAGUUUCUGAUUAGUCUUUCGAAGGAGGCACUCAGACAUGCAUCUAUGUCAGGGAGCAGAGGGGUGACUUUGAAUAGAAGGGGAGUCUGGCUCACUAAGCAGUUCCCAGCUUGACUUUUCCCUUUUGCUUAGUGAUUUGGGGCUCGAAGAUUUAUUUCCUUUCACACAGCCCAUCAUUCACCCCACCUCUGGUCCACGUUGCCUGUUCUGUGUGAUUAUUUUUGUGCCUUUGUCAUCCACUCUCUGGAUGCUGGUGAGAACAAGGCCCCAAGGGGAGGGCAGAGCCAGAACGUGGGGCUGUGCUGGGCUCACCCUCUCUGAGUGGAGCUCAACCCUGGUUUCACGUUAGAGUCUAGAGGCAUUUUUCAAAUAGAGCUUUUGUGCUGCUUUAGCAGGGAUUCUUAUUCUGACGGGAUGGAACCCACCCUCAGUAAUACCUGCAGUGGCCCAGGUGCUUGUCAUCUGUGUGCAGCAUUGAGCAUCUUUGUCCUGCAUUUCUGAGGGCUGAGCUCAGCCUGUGAUCCACAGAGAGGAUUGAUUCUAAAGACUCAUGUUAUGUGAGGAAGCAGCUCAGAAGAGGAAAGGAAAGGAGCCAGGCAUGGCUCUUCCUCAGGGACGCUUGACUUUCAGGGAUGUGGCUAUAGAAUUCUCAUUGGCAGAGUGGAAAUGCCUGAACCCUUCGCAGAGGGCUUUGUACAGGGAAGUGAUGUUGGAGAACUACAGGAACCUGGAGGCUGUGGAUAUCUCUUCCAAACGCAUGAUGAAGGAGGUCUUGUCAACAGGGCAAGGCAAUACAGAAGUGAUCCACGCAGGGACAUUGCAAAGACAUCAAAGUUAUCACAUUGGAGAUUUUUGCUUCCAGGAAAUUGAGAAAGAAAUUCAUGAUAUUGAGUUUCAGUGUCAAGAAGAUGAAAGAAAUGGCCAUGAAGCACCCAUGACAAAAAUAAAAAAGUUGACUGGUAGCACAGACCAACAUGAUCACAGGCAUGCUGGAAAAAAGCCUAUUAAAGAUCAGCUUGGAUCAAGCUUUUAUUCACAUCUGCCUGAACUCCACAUAAUUCAGAUCAAAGGUAAAAUUGGUAAUCAAUUUGAGAAGUCUACCAAUGAUGCUCCCUCGGUUUCAACAUCCCAAAGAAGUUCUCGUAGGCCCCAAAUCCAUAUUUCUAAUAACUAUGGGAAUAAUCCCCUGAAUUCUUCAUUACUCCCACAAAAACAGGAAGUACACAUGAGAGAAAAAUCUUUCCAAUGUAAUGAGAGUGGCAAAGCCUUUAAUUGUAGCUCACUGUUAAGGAAACACCAGAUACCCCAUUUAGGAGACAAACAAUAUAAAUGUGAUGUAUGUGGCAAGCUCUUCAAUCACAAGCAAUACCUUACAUGCCAUCGUAGAUGUCACACUGGAGAGAAACCUUACAAGUGUAAUGAGUGUGGAAAGUCCUUCAGUCAGGUAUCAUCCCUUACAUGCCAUCGUAGACUUCACACUGGAGUAAAAUCUCACAAGUGUAAUGAGUGUGGCAAGAUCUUUGGUCAAAAUUCAGCCCUUGUAAUUCAUAAGGCAAUUCAUACUGGAGAAAAACCUUACAAGUGUAAUGAAUGUGACAAAGCUUUUAAUCAGCAAUCAAACCUUGCACGUCAUCGUAGAAUUCAUACUGGAGAGAAACCUUACAAAUGUGAAGAAUGUGACAAAGUUUUCAGUCGGAAAUCAACCCUUGAGUCACAUAAGAGAAUUCAUACUGGAGAGAAACCAUACAAAUGUAAGGUUUGUGACACAGCUUUCACGUGGAAUUCACAGCUGGCUCGACAUAAAAGAAUUCACACUGGAGAGAAAACUUACAAAUGUAAUGAGUGUGGCAAGACCUUCAGUCACAAGUCAUCCCUUGUAUGCCAUCAUAGGCUUCAUGGUGGAGAGAAAUCUUACAAAUGUAAGGUUUGUGACAAGGCUUUCGCAUGGAAUUCACACCUGGUAAGACAUACUAGAAUUCAUAGUGGAGGAAAACCUUACAAGUGUAAUGAAUGUGGGAAGACCUUUGGUCAAAAUUCAGAUCUUUUAAUUCAUAAGUCAAUUCAUACUGGAGAGCAACCUUACAAAUAUGAAGAAUGUGAAAAGGUUUUCAGUUGUGAAUCAACCCUUGAGACACAUAAGAUAAUUCACACCGGAGAGAAACCAUACAAAUGUAAGGUUUGUGACAAGGCUUUCGCGUGUCAUUCCUAUCUGGCAAAACAUACUAGAAUUCAUAGUGGAGAGAAACCUUACAAGUGUAAUGAGUGCAGCAAGACCUUCCGUCUGAGGUCAUACCUUGCAAGCCAUCGCAGAGUUCAUAGUGGUGAGAAACCUUACAAGUGUAAUGAGUGCAGCAAGACCUUCAGUCAGAGGUCAUACCUUCAUUGCCAUCGUAGACUUCAUAGUGGUGAGAAACCUUACAAGUGUAAUGAGUGUGGCAAGACCUUCAGUCACAAGCCAUCCCUUGUAUACCAUCGUAGACUUCAUACUGGAGAGAAAUCUUACAAAUGUACGGUUUGUGACAAGGCUUUCGUGCGUAAUUCAUACCUGGCAAGACAUACCAGAAUUCACACUGCAGAGAAACCUUACAAGUGUAAUGAAUGUGGGAAGGCUUUUAAUCAACAAUCACAACUUUCACUUCAUCAUAGAAUUCAUGCUGGAGAGAAACUUUACAAAUGUGAAACAUGUGACAAAGUUUUCAGUCGCAAAUCACACCUUAAAAGACAUAGGAGAAUUCAUCCUGGAAAGAAACCAUACAAAUGUAAGGUUUGUGACAAGACUUUUGGGAGUGAUUCACACCUGAAACAACAUACUGGACUUCACACUGGAAAGAAACCUUACAAGUGUAAUGAGUGUGGCAAAGCCUUUAGCAAGCAGUCAACACUUAUUCACCAUCAGGCAGUUCAUGGUGUAGGGAAACUUGACUAAUGUAAUGAUUGUCACAAAGUCUUCAGUAACGCUACAACCAUUGCAAAUCAUUGGAGAAUCUAUAAUGAAUAAAGAUCUAACAAGUGUAAUAAA